AAGAGAGAGCCGUUACAAAGGUAUUCUCUAAUUUUCAUUGAAGCUUAAGAAGAUCGGCGCUGCCUUCCCCCCCACUCUCCCAAAGAGGACGGCAACUACCCUCCCCAGGACCCCGUGGACUUCCUUGCCUAACAACAACAGUACCCAAAAUGCUACGAACAGCACACAAAAUAUGCUUAUAUGGAUGCAAUCAUGUGUUGCAUACUAGAGCAUUUACUGCCUUAGCAGAAACUGCUGCAGGUGCUAGUGCCUUCAUUACACAACAGCAAGCGCCACACCGGAGAUCUUGCAUCUGUGAUUUACACACCUCUGCUGCUAAACAGAGCUCUGAGCGAACUCCAGAGCCAACGCGAAUGCGUGUUAUAUCCAUCCCAAAUCCAUUUAAGUGGUUACACAACCAGGUAGAAAUAGCCACACUGAAAAGAGAAUGGGAUCCUAAUUUUUCCAUUGAAGACUUCAAAUAUGGAGUAAAACAGGCAGUGUGCACCUCGUCAGAGCUCAUUAGCAGAAGAGAGUGGGGAGAGUUGCGAGGCCUUUUGUCUCAGAAAGCUAUCACAAAGUUGAGGAGUACCCAGUGGACCAGUGACCAAGUACACAAUUUGGUUCUUAAUCCUAAGAAUAUACAAGUGACUCAAAUAGACAAUGUCAGUCUACAGACAGUUGUUGAUCGAAAGUAUUGUGAUAUUGAUGUGACUGUCAUUGGGACCCGUGCACCUUAUAACCCAGACAAACAUUCUUUAGUAGUUUUGGAAUAUUUUGCAAGGUUCCACAGAGAAUAUACUGACUAUGUGCUUCCAGAGUGGACCAUAACAGUUUUCAAGCUCAACAAUUUUGAAGCUUAUCAAAGAAAAGUUGGCACUUGAUUUUAAUUCUUUGACUUAGGAGGAUUUUGUCUUCAUUAUUGAUUAAUUCAUUAGAAUUAUUGAUGUGAAAGAAGUUCUUGAAAAUAUUUUUAGAAUUUUGUAUUUUGUAGCUUUUGUUUUUUAAUUUGUAGAAAACCCCUCUUCAUCUUGUGUCAAGGUGAAUUUAUAUUUUGAUUUUUAUUAUAGGUACAUUGUAUAGAAUACAUACACACGAAAUAUUUAUGUAAUGGGGGUUCCUGCUAUAUGUAAUUUGAUGGUAAUAUGAAGACAUCCUACAGGAUAUUGCAGAAUUGUUACAAAAUUUGAUUGCCUUGGAAAGGAAUAAGGAAAAUACAAAUCUGGUCUACCAAGUCAACCAUUUGAUGUGAUGUAGGAUUGUGGUUCAUGUAUAUAGACAGUUUUUGUAUUGUUAUCGACAAAAUAUUCUAAUGUAUUUAGAAAAGAAAGCAUUAAGUUAGUAAUUUGGUAGUAAGAUGUUCCAGAGCUGAGUAUGUUAGAGUUUGAAGGUAGACUUAAUUAUUAUUAUGCAGUUUAACAAAACACCAUUGUGUCAUGUAAUCUGGACUCAUAUGGCUGGUUUGAAGGAUUUGUUCAUAAGUGUAAGGUAAAAAUGGAGGAAGGUUGAAGAAGUUGGGAAUGUAGAUGAGUAUUGACUGAACAGAAGUUAGGAAAAGUAAAGAGAUAUAAAAAAAAAACAUUUUUGCAAGGGGGCCAAAAAUUACUGAAAAAAACAUUUAGGUGUGGCUAAAAUGCAUUGCAUAAGCUUUUUGAGUUGCAAACCCCCUCCCCCACCUAUAUCUUCUUUAAUUAUGUAUAGAGUAAUGUUUGUGAAAUUAUGAAAUUAUAAAUUAUGAGAAUAUUGGAAAUUAAAAUAUUGCCUCUUGACCAAGUUUAUGUUCAACAUCAUAAAUAUUUUUUAAAGUAGAAAAAGCACUGGGACACAAGAGUAAUAGUUCAUAAAUGUCCAUGUUCCAUCUAGCAAUUUCUCUUUAACCUUAAACUUUGAAAGUUUUCAGUAUUCUUUGUUUAUAGUUUUCAAAAGUUAGUCAUUAUACUAAAUAUAAAUAAACUUAAAGUUUAAAAUAAAGCUUCGCCAUGAUGUAUCUAGAAUUUUUUCUUUCUAUAACUAACCAAACAACCCUGCACAAGUGAAUAACCAUUCUUGGCCGUCAGUCUCUUACCUUCUGUGAGAUUGUUCUACAUAUUACCCAGUAUUUUAAGUACUGUUUAAUGUGAUUUACUUUAUAUGAAUAUCCCUCAAACCAGUCCUAUAGAAUAUAAAUACAGUACGUAUAUAAAUUCAAUGAUCUGGUAGUACUUAGUUACAAAUAUUCCUGAAAUAAGUAUGUAACCUACACCGAUUAUGUGAUGUGAAUAGCAGGGAACUAUAAGAUGCAAGCAAAAAAUACACCAACUUCGGAUGCGAGUGAGCUCUUCUGGCUUACUUGACUAGGGAAAGUAUUUUAAUGAUUUCAUACAGGAAUGAAAUGUUAUUAAUUACCUGUCAUUUAGUGGAAUCAGGUAAAAUAGUAGAUAGCUGUUUAUGUACAGAGGAAAUCCUUCUCUAUUGUAAUGGAGUGAAUUAUAACAUAAGGCAUUUAUUGCCUAUGGAUUGGUGAUAUAGAGAUAAGCAAGAAUGUUGGAAAGGAAGUAUGUUUGUUAUGUUCUGGCUCUUUUUCUGUGUAUGCGGGCUUCUUUUACUGUACUAUUCCCGUCAUAUACCAGACACUGGUUAUUCAUAGCAAUUAGUUGAACAAGAAAUAAAUGCCAAUUUUUAUAAUUGUGUGUGUGUGUGUGUGUAAAGGUUGUUCAUACAUUUUUGUGUUGGAGCUGC